CUGAUUCCCACCAGACCAAGAUGGCGACGGGCUGACAUUUCGUGCAGUUCUUGGAAUGUUGUCCGCCCCAUCUGUUGAUUUGUCGAGCGGUAGCCAAAUUCUUCAACCACCAACGACAAAAUCCUUCCGACUGUCAGCUGGGCGACCUUUGAGGCGGGGGAAUCCGAUGUAGGAGCGGUAAUUUCGCUCGGGAAAUGGGGCAAUCUCAGGGCAAAGAUGGAGGAGACGCUAGGAGACCGAGUUUGGGCUCGUUCGCCAACAAAGUUGGCAACUUCGGAAGGAGUCUGAAGGGGAAAGAACCCCGUGCCUACCCGUCUUUCAACGUCUUCGAAGAGCACAACGUCCACCAUGACGUCUUCUCACCUCCUCAGGGGCUCUUCCCAGUACAGGAACCCACAGAUGUAUCUGAGGUCCUGGCUAACCGCCCUCUGCCGGACACACCGCACCUCGGGGAACGCUGGACCUCACGGGAAAACCUCCUGUUCGGGCCGGAGCUGAACGACCCUCAGCUGUUCGUGGCGCUGUACGACUUCGUAGCAGGAGACACCAACCAGCUUAGUAUAGUUAAAGGCGAGCACCUGCACAUCCUGAGUUACAACGAGAGCGGGGAGUGGUGCGAGGCUCAGAACCGGAACAAGCAGCGCGGCUGGGUCCCCUCCAGCUACGUCACCCCGGCAACCAGCCUGGAGAGACACUCCUGGUACCACGGAGCCAUCUCACGCAACGCAGCGGAGUACAUACUCUCAUCAGGCAUCAACGGCAGCUUCCUGGUCAGGGAGAGCGAGAGCAGCCCGGGACAGCUGUCCAUCUCACUUAGAUAUGAGGGGAGGGUGUAUCACUACAGGAUCAACAACGCUUCAGAUGGAAAGGUCUAUGUCACAUCAGAAAGUAGGUUCAACACAUUAGCAGAGCUGGUCCACCACCACUCCCUGGACCCUGACGGCCUGAUCACGACAUUACGCUACCCCGCGCCCAAACGUAACAAGCCCACGGUGUACGGCCUGUCGCCCGAGCCCGACCACUGGGAGGUGGAGCGUACAGACAUCGCCAUGAAGCAGAAGCUGGGAGGGGGACAGUACGGGGAGGUGUACGAGGGAGUGUGGAAAAGGUACAGCAGGACUGUGGCUGUCAAGACGCUAAAGGAGGAGACGAUGGGUGUGGAGGAGUUCCUGAAAGAAGCUGCAGUGAUGAAGGACAUCAAACAUGCCAACUUGGUGCAACUGUUAGGAGUCUGCACCAGAGAGCCUCCGUUCUACAUCAUCACAGAGUUCAUGCCUAACGGAAACCUGCUGGACUACCUGCGCAACUGUGACAGGGAGGAGGUCAACGCAGUGGUCCUCAUGUACAUGGCCACACAGGUGGCAUCCGCAAUGAGCUACCUGGAGAAGAAAUACUUCAUUCACAGGGACCUGGCGGCGCGGAACUGCCUUGUUGGUGAGAGCCACCUGGUGAAGGUGGCAGACUUUGGUCUGUCCAGGCUGAUGACAGGUGACACGUACACGGCACACGCAGGGGCCAAGUUCCCCAUCAAGUGGACGGCACCAGAGAGUCUGGCGUACAACAAGUUCUCCAUCAAGUCUGAUGUCUGGGCGUUUGGAGUCCUACUGUGGGAGAUUGCGACAUACGGCAUGUCUCCGUACCCGGGGAUCGACCUGACUCAGGUGUACGAGAAACUGGAGCAGGGCUACAGGAUGGAGAGACCUGACGGCUGUCCUAGUGAUGUCUACGAACUCAUGCUCAAAUGCUGGCAGUGGAGACCAACAGAACGUCCAGACUUCAGGGAUAUCUACGAUGCCUUGAACACCAUGUACCAAAACUCCAACAUUAAUGAAGAAGUAGAGAAGGAGCUGGAACGAGCGCCGGACCUCCCCACCAAAGCUCGCAGCGUGAAGCGGGGGGACGACAGCAGUCCCAUCAUGCAACUGCACGGCGCCACGGAGCCAGGUACCUAUUCCAAGUCCCAGAAGACUCAAUCAGAGAAACAAUCACCACCGUUGCCUAAGAAACAAAGCAGCAACAAACACAAGGACAAAGACAAAGACAAAGACAGAGAACGGGACAAGAAGGAGGAGUCGUCCGGAAAGGAAGAAAAGUCGGGGAAAGAAGAGAGUCGCAUGAGCAAGGCCUUCAUCAACCUUCCUGCGCUGUGGAGACGCAGCAGCCGGAUGAAACGCCCGGCGCCCCAGCCUCCCAAGCGGAGCAGUUCCUUCAAGGACGAGGCCAUGCAGCAGCACAAGAACAACGACACCAACACGUACCCGCCGACGACCAACUCCCACCCGCUGUUCCACCGGCGGGAGGAGAAGAACGGGAUGUCGCAGAACUUCGAGAACCUGAACCAGGAGCUGAACGCGCACCUCUCCCAGACCAGCCGCAGCCUCGGCAACCUAACGGUCGACGCGGGAUCGUCGGGCGGUAAGUUCCCAAAGAAGGCGCUGCCGUUCCCGCAUGGCACGCGGGAGAAGACGAUGCACGCGAUGCACGCUGGCGGCAGGACAUCCAUGUCGUCUCUCGACAUCAGCGAGGACCGGGAGGCUCCGCCGGUUCCCAAUCCACACAUGUUGAAGUCCUCCUCUAGCACAGACUUUACCACGACGCUGCAGAAAACAGAGAGAUUUCGCGGGGACACGGACUCCCCCUCCCCUCCUGCUAGGAGGACGAAAGCCGAGAAGUCAGAACGGAAGUGGAACAAGAGCCCAACACACAGUAUUAAGAGCGUUAGCGGAGCGUUAGAGAGCUAUCAUAGGGACGAAUCACUCCAAGGUGCCAACCUCGCAAAGCACGAGAGGCCAAGAAAUCUCCUAACUCCUCCUCCAAGACUGCCCUCGCAAAAUAUACAUGUAGGCCCUUCAGAGAAAAAAUCAAGUCCCGAGUCAAAAGACAGCGAAGCGAAGGCAGACAAUGGACACAACGCCGUGUCCAAACCUGCAAAGAAGAAACCUGGCUACCUUAAGAAACCCGUGCACCUAGGCAAUCUCCACAUCACAGAGGAGGAUCUAAACGACAGAGGGAUGAGAGCAGAAAGAGCUGAGAGUACGGCAACUCCCCCUCCUACCCCUACUGGAGGGGUAAAACUGUUCCCUGGGAUGCCCCCACCUGUCAAAGGUGCUCAAGUUAACCCUGUGAUCAAACCACCAAGGACUUCCAAACUAACCUCGUCCGAUAGCGGCUACCAAACGUCGGAUUACAAGUCUACAACGGACAAACCCGUGAUAACGAGUCCUAAACCGUUACUGUCGACUCAUGGCGAUGGCCCGAGCUCCCCGUUAGGAUUUAAACCGCUCAUUCCCGCUAGAGUGUCGCUGAGGAAAAGACCGCUGGUGGAAAAGCCAUCAGAAGAAGUAACGAAGGAAUCCUUACUACAGAUGUCGGACAGUCUGCUACAAAAACUGACAAACACUAACCAUAAUUCCUACAUUGGGGAUGUGCAAGAGCUAGGACAGGACUACCUAAACGCCUGUUCGCACUACAUUGACAAUGUCCAACAACCGCACGCGAAAUUCGCCUUCCGCGAGGCAGUCAACAAGUUAGAAGGGUCCAUGCACGAGCUAAGACUCUCCCAAACAGCUACAAGCCAUCACCCCAAUCUGGACAAAGUCCUAGCAGAACUUAGAAGAACUACCAAGGAAAUCAGUGGCAUUGUGAAAAGAUAGUACAGUCAGUAUUCUUCCAUCCAUGCAUACUAAGGUGGCCAGUUCUCUUCCUUUGUAAGAAUCAUGUCUUCGUUGUUAUUCAUCGUCAGAAUUUAGUAAGAUGUUUACUCUUGUUGAGCAGUAUCAGAUUUUUUUUUUUUCACGCAGGUGGUUUUGAGUGUGGCAGUUGUAACAGUCCCGUAUAUUGUGCCUUGCCUGAGAUUUUACACCUUUUCUCUCUACAGAUGUAGUUUGAUACAUCACUAAACUCAUGGACUUUUACAAACAAGACGAUUAACAGGGUGUUCAGGACGUUAUCACUGCCACACCAAAUACCACGUAGAGAAAUUAUGGUUUAUAUGCAAACAAAGCUUGCCAAAUCUUGGUCCAUCCAUUUGUUAGGAUUUCUUAAAAUUUUGCAUAGAAUCCCUCAGUCCAUAAAGCAUUGGAUUAUAAUUAUGUGAUGUUCAAAUUUGGGCAAUGUUAGUCCUUGCAACAGGGAUAAGUCCCCAUCUCUAAUUGAAAACUUGUUUCCUUUUUUUCCGACUAGUAUUUUGGGGCAAUGCCAAUGGGGUUUCAGCAAUUUGUAUGUAUGUGGGACAUCAGUCUGUGUAAGAAGGAAUUCUUUGGUUGUGCAUAUCACUCCUGUAGCCAUAUCAUUGCCAAAAAUUACUUGUAUGUUUCCUAUCGCUCAUUCUUGUUAUGGCCUGGCACCCCUCUUUUUUUAAGUGGCAGUGACCUGACUUCUAUAGAGUCUGGUCUGUAUUUGGGUUAUGCCACUUUUACAAGAGGUAGCUAAGUUGUGCUUUUUUUGUAUUCAAGCCUGGGAGAACAGCAGUUUGGUUUAGAACAAGGUAGUUUAAUUUUCAUUCGUUAGUUAAGAUAUAAUUGAUUGCUUCCAGAAUGAAGCAAUGAAAAUUGUGGAGAAAUUUGAAUCAAGAAUGAAUCAUAAUGAUUGUUUUUAUUAUAAUCCACUUUUGUGCAAAUAUGGAAGUAUUGCAAGUUCCAUUUGUUGUUGUAAUUGUACAGUUAAUUUUUGUCCAUUCCAUGUUGUAGUUUACUUUUAUUCAAGGUUUACAAUAAUGCAAUAGACCAGGCAACACACUGACUUUUGUACUCUUCACUAGCUUGCCCAGAACAUUUGCACAGAAAUAGACAACAAAAUAGAAGUAUCAUGGUACACUCUUGAAAUCUGAGAUACAGAUUUAAAGACAUUGUUGACAUGUUUGGCUACAUAUACACACUCUUUUCUGUUGUUCAUUAUUUUUGUGACGAUUAUUUCUCAGGUGAUUGAAUAUUAUUUCAUAGUUAACAUGACUUAGCAUAAAGCAUAAAUAAAGGCACCACACACACAUGUAUCUAGCCAUGAAGCCACAGAUCAACAUUAAUACAUUGACGAAAGCUUCGCCACUUUCUUGCAUUUUGAUAAUACUAGUACUUGAGUGUAUGAGUGACAAGCGAUCACAGUAUUAUCAGAUAUUCGACCAAUGGGCUUUACCGAUUAUAGUCAUGUGACCAGUGCAGGUGCCAUUUGAGGUCACUGGUUAGUGUACAAAAGCGCCUCAUUGUGACACGGUCACAAAUUGCAGGACUUUGAAGGCCAAGUGUUAUAAUUCAGAAUCUUAUGUUGAAUUCAGAACAAAGACGGCAAGAGACAUUGUGGAACUAUUCAGUGUUCUAGAAUUGAUACUUCCAAGUCAUAUAGUAACCAGGGCUUGCCAACGUUUCAGUGGGUAGAAUUUCUAGAAAAAGACUUUAUGUAUCUAGGUACAUACAGGAGACAAAUAUGUGCCUAAGCAACCUUUAUCUGACAGGUGAGAGUUGGGGCUUGCUGUUGGUUUGGAGAAUACUGGCUAGUGUAAGAAGGAAGCUAUCCACACGUGUUAAAUCAUGGUCACCUGCAUUAUAUUGUGUAUUUGUACUUCCUGUACAGACCCCACAAAUGUAUCAUAGCUUUGUACCGGACCCUUGUACAGUCAAAUUAAAAUGCUCAUCAUUAUGAA